CAUGCCGCCUGCAACGGCUUUCUCCGAGGGAGCGGCCGUAAGUCACGCUGCUGCCGCAAGCCGCUGCUGUCGCUAAGCACGUCCCUAGUUUCAGACGAAGUUUUCCGUCAGGAGGCCGCGCAAGUGCACUUGCGUUUCACCGUUACCAUAGCGACUGGGCCUCGGGACGCAGAUCCUUGCUGCUUUGCCAACAUCUUUGAGCAACUGCGGCUCCGGAGGCCGGGGUAACUGGCGGCAGGUAGGAAACUAUGUGAAAGAAUCUUCUGAUGUCAUAAUUUCUGGGUGUCACUGGAACAUUUGAUCAUCAUUCCUUGGCAAUUCCAGGCUUCUGUGGAAGGUCAGUAGAAGCAUUGAUUUAUUCACCUCUACAGGAAUCAGACUCAGCCUAUAUUGGUUUUCAGUGAAUUAUGCCUUUUGAGUUUGGGACCCAGCCAAGGAGGUUUCCAGUGGAAGGAGGAGAUUCUUCAAUUGGGCUGGAACCGGGGAUGAGCUCUAGUGCUGCCUGUAAUGGGAAGGAGAUGUCACCAACCAGGCAACUCCGGAGAUGCCCUGGAAGUCAUUGCCUGACAAUAACUGAUGUUCCUAUCACUGUCUAUGCAACCAUGAGAAAGCCACCUGCACAAAGCAGCAAGGAAAUGCAUCCUAAAUAGCAUCACUAAGUCUUUUGUCAAGGUCUGACUAGGUCAAGGGUAGUGGACCAGUAUCAUCUUGUGAUCUGGUAAACAAAUAAAAGUGGUGGCACCUU